AUGGUCCAAGGAAGAGCAACUUCCCGGCUCUCACAACUAUCUUCGCACAUUGCGCCACCAUCGAAACAGCGUAAAAGAAGCUCAAAAGCCAAAAAUGCACUUCCAGCAGACUACUCUGAUUUGAUGGCUCAAAUGGCCACCAUGAAAACCAUCACAAAGAACCCACCUGCUAGUUCAAAAGGCUAUGCUCGCCAAAAAGCCUCUGGAAAAAUGUGGGCUCGCGAACGAAUUGAAUUAUUCCUUGACAAAGACAGUUUCCGCGAAGUGGGCGCAGUAUCAGGGACAACGACUUGGAAGACUUCGCCCACUAAUGCAUUGCAAGAAAGUGUCGAGGGCUUUGUGCCUAGCAAUAACCCGCAAGGGUUUGGACAAAUCACAUGUCCGGUGAGCAAACAGCAUCGUCGUGUUUAUAUCACCGCAGACGAUUAUGCCAUCAGAGCUGGCCAUGCAGAUGGAUCUAGCCAUUUCAAAACUCUCUAUGGCGAAGAAACAGCACUGAAACUUAAAAUUCCUGUCGUUAAACUCGUGGAUGGGUCUUCGGGAGGCGGCUCAGUGACGACCAUAAAACAACAGGGAUGGUCUUAUCUACCACCUUUAGUGAGCUUUCCGGCAGUAAUCAAGCAACUCGAUGCAGGCAUUCCUAAUCUCGGUGCUGUGGUUGGUCCGGCGAUAGGGCUUGGUGCUGCGAGAGUGGUGUCGACGCAUUUCUCGGUCAUGGCCGCUGAUGUGGGGAGUUUGUUCAAUGCAGGACCCGAUGUUGUUGCCAAAGCGACUUUCGAAGAAGGCUUGACUCUGCAGGAUUUGGGUGGGCCGGACGUGCAUUGUCGCAAUGGAACAAUCGACAAUCUGGCACCGAAUGAAGCAGCUGCAUUUGAGCAGCUGAAAACAGUACUGGGAUUCCUUCCUGAUUGCGGAGAUUUGCAAGCCCCCCCAGUGCUGCCUGACAGCUGGUCCGGCGACACCGUGAACAGAGAAGACAUCAACCUUCGUAGCAUCAUCCCGCGGAAGCAAGGUCGAAUGUACAACCCAUACACGAUCAUCACCUCCGUAGUCGACAAAACCUCCUUCUUCGAAAUCGGACGUCUUUGGGGCACCACCGCCAUCACCGGUCUCGCACGUCUCGGUGGCCGUCCCGUAGGCAUCAUCUCCAACAACUGCGAGUCCCCCACCGGCGGCGCUCUAGACCCCCUCGGCAGCCAAAAGCUCACCCGCAUGAUUAAGUUCUGCGAUGUGUUUAACUUGCCAAUCGUCCAAUUCGUGGAUAUCCCUGGUUAUGCAAUCGGAACAGCGGCAGAAAGAGGCGCAACCAUGAAAUGGGGAGUAGAGCUUGCAAAAGCUUAUUUCGCAUCCACCACACCCAUCUUUUCUGUAGUCACAAGAAGAUGUUAUGGUAUUGCUGGUGCUGUGAUGAUCGAUUCGCGGUCACCGAGAUCGGUGGUGGCAUGGCCCAGUGGCGAAUGGGGGUCUCUGCCGCUGGAAGGAGGUAUUCAAGUUGCUCAUCGAGCUGAGUUGGCUGCGAUUGCAAAGAAAGAAGGUGAAGAGGCGAUGAAGAAGAAAUAUACGGAGUUGGAUACAGAGUAUCGGCGCCUGAUGAAUCCGGUCAGGGCGGCGAAUGCGUUUGGCGUUGAACAGAUCAUUGACCCGAAGGAUACAAGAAGUGUAGUAUGCGAUUGGGUCAAAGAUAUGUAUGGUUUGGUCAUGGUUGAACGACUUGAAGAUCGUAAGGCGAGGAGGAUUGUACCGACCUUUACCUAG